GAAAACGCAAAAUUGAAGGCGAAAAACCCUAGAGAGAUAGAGGAGAGAAGUCCAGUCUAGAGAGAGAAAGUGUUAAAAGGAGAAAGUAAACGAAGAAGGUGAUGAAGAGUUGCUCUCUAUUAUUCCCCACGCCGGCAACCUCUUCUUCCUACUUUCUCUCUCUACAUCGAUUUUCUCUCUAUAAUUCCGCUCUUUCUCUCUCAUCUUCCGGUAUCUUAAGGAGAGCGAGUAAGAGGGUUUUGAUUGCUAGCAGAAUACAAGCUUUAUCAACAAUGGCAGCUGAAAGGGGUAAUGGAAAUGUGAAGCGGCAGUUAGCGGAAGUGUUUGAGAGAUCGCUUCGGGCGACUGUCCCGAGUGAGGUUGAUGUUGAGCCGAUAAUUACCGUUGGUACCGGAAACUUUGGUGAUUAUCAAUGCAAUAAUGCUAUGGGUGUAUUUUCCAAGAUUAAGGGGAAGAAUGCUGAGUUUAAGAACCCCAGAUCGGUUGGCGAGGCUAUUAUCAAAAAUCUACCUGAAUCUGAAUUGGUAGAGAGUUGCUCUGUCGCGGGACCAGGGUUCGUGAAUAUUGUCUUGUCGAAGACAUGGUUGGCAAAGAGCAUCCAAAAUAUGCUUGCAGAAGGUAUCGAGACAUGGGCUCCAAAGCUGCCAAUUAAAAGAGCUGUUGUAGACUUCUCUUCACCCAAUAUUGCAAAGGAAAUGCACGUGGGCCACUUGAGGUCGACCAUUAUUGGAGAUACCCUGGCUCGUAUGCUAGAGUUUUCUGGUGUUGAAGUUCUUCGUAGAAACCAUGUUGGUGAUUGGGGUACACAGUUUGGUAUGCUGAUUGAAUUCUUGUUUGAACAAUUUCCACAAUGGGAGAAUGAAACUGAACUUCCAAUCAAAGAUCUCGAGGGGUUCUACAAGCAAUCAAAGAAGAGAUUUGAUGAUGAUGCUGAGUUCAAGCAAAGGGCACAAAAAGCGGUGGUGAGCCUUCAGGGUGGAGAUUCCAAAUAUCGUGAAGCAUGGUCAAAAAUUUGUGAAAUUAGUCGCAGGGAGUUUCAGAAGGUCUAUGUACGCCUUGGAGUUCAGUUAGAGGAAAAGGGAGAAAGCUUCUAUAAUCCAUAUAUCCCCAAGGUUUUGGACAUUUUAAGAAGCAAAAAUUUGAUUGAACCAAGUGAGGGUGCUCAGGUUAUAUUUAUUGAAGGGAAACAAAUACCUCUUAUAGUUGUGAAGAGUGAUGGAGGUUUCAAUUAUGCUUCCACUGAUUUGACAGCUCUUUGGUACCGCCUCAAUGAAGAAAAGGCUGAAUGGAUAAUCUAUGUUACAGAUGUUGGUCAGCGUGAGCAUUUUGAAAUGUUUUUCCAUGCUGCAAAACUCGCAGGCUGGCUUCCAAGUGAUAAAUACCCCAAAGUCAAUCAUGUUGGCUUUGGUCUUGUUCUAGGAGAAGACGGAAAGCGUUUCAGAACUCGAAGCUCAGAAGUGGUUCGUUUGGUUGAUUUACUAGAUGAGGCAAAAAGUCGGAGCAAAGAUGCUCUUAUUGAACGAGGUAAAGCUACCGAGUGGUCUGAGGAGCAAUUGUUGCAAACUGCUGAAGCUGUUGGUUAUGGUGCGGUCAAGUAUGCUGACUUGAAAAACAAUAGACUCACUAACUAUACCUUUAACUUCGAUCAGAUGCUUAAUGAUAAGGGAAAUACAGCGGUAUAUUUACUCUAUGCCCAUGCUCGAAUUUGUUCAAUUAUUCGGAAGUCUGGUAAAGACAUUGAGGAGUUGAAGAAGAUUGGAGAAGUAGUUUUGGAUCACUCAGAUGAACGUGCUUUAGGUCUUCAUUUGCUUCAUUUUUCAGAGAUUGUUGAAGAAGCUUGUAGCAAUCUGUUGCCGAAUGUGCUGUGUGAGUACCUGUAUAACUUGUCGGAAUUUUUCACAAAGUUCUACUCCAACUGUCAGGUGGUUGGCUCACCGGAAGAAACAAGCCGACUGUUGUUGUGUGAAGCAACUGCUGUGGUGAUGAGAACAUGUUUUAAGCUUCUUGGUAUUACCCCGGUCUACCAAAUAUGACAAGUGAAUUGCAAUUGUUGCAGUAUUUUUAGUGGGCAUUAACAAUAUUAACAUUCUUGGAAUUCGUUCUUGAGUUUAUUAGUAUCAUUUUGGUCCUCCUUUGUAUUACUUUGUUCAUUGCAGUUCUAGUGUUCCGCUUCUA